GAGGCUGUUGUUACUCAGAGCUCAGAGCAGACGCCACACUUUCCUCUCCGGAUUCAGUUUCACCAGCAGCUCUUCACAGGUCUGUGGAUAAAAGUCAUCUGGAGUAAGAAUGGGUGCCCACGGCUCCAACCUGGACGACAUCCUGGAGGAGGACAUGCACCACUGGUACACAAAAUUCAUGAGGGAAUCUCCUUCGGGACUCAUCACGCUCUUUGAGCUUAAGAUGAUGCUUGAAAUGAACGGCAUGACGGAGGAGGCCAGCAGCUACGUGGACCAGGUCUUCAUCACCUUUGACAUGGAUGGGGAUGGCUAUAUAGACUUCGUUGAAUAUAUCGCGGGCAUUAGUUUAUUGUUGAAAGGGGAGAUAAAUCAGAAGCUAAAGUGGUACUUCAAGCUCUUUGAUCAGGAUGGAAAUGGAAAAAUUGACAAGGAUGAACUGGAGACUAUAUUUAAGGCCAUUCAAGAUAUUACCAGAAGCUACGACAUCCCUCCAGAAGAGAUUGUGAAUCUUAUAUACGAGAAGAUUGAUGUCAACGGGGAAGGUGAGCUGACGCUGGAAGAGUUCAUCAGCGGAGCGAGGGAGCACCCUGACAUCAUGGAUAUGCUCACUAAGAUGAUGGAUCUUACGCACGUCUUGGAAAUUAUUGUCAAGGGUCAACGGAGGAAAGGGCUGAACUGAGUCAGUGAUCCAGAAGCUGAAGAGCUGACAUCACACUGACUCGACGCACACUUCAGACUGCAAAAAAACUGACAGAGCAGCACCACACAGGCAGGACCUCUCUGCAUGCCACGAGAAUGAAACAGAUCAUUUGCUCUCCUCUUCUAACCUGCUUGUGCCCUCACAUUCAUUGUACAGUUUAACUCUUUUUUUUUUAAGGUUUAAAACAUGCUACCAGAAGUAUUUAUUGAAUCUUGUUUAAGAUGAGUAAAUUUGCUUUUCGCCUCCCAUCGUGGGUCCAGCAGAUUGUACAAAGUAAGGUGGAAUGAUCACUUUUAUUUUAUUCAUUAGAUAUUCGAACUGGAGAUGUUGUCCAGGCAUCUUUGCUGAUGAAAGGACCUAAUGCCACAAAAGCUCUGAGAUUCAGUUUUAUCCAUAACUGAGAUUGGUUUAAAGCUGAACUUACUGACACUCACAGUUGAGUCCUGAUUGGUGCUGAUGAAGACUCCCAAAGCAAACAGCCAGUUUCUUAACAGUUAUGACACAAUCACAGUAACGGGGUGUUUACAGUCUAUAGUCUACAACACCUGCGAGGAUUGAUGGUUGUUUUGUGUUGAUGAACUUGUAAAAUCUACAACAAAAAUCAAUCAUUGGUCAAUGGAGACAAAAAUGUAAGAAAUAAUUGUGCUUGUGUACAGAAAAUAUAAUGUUUUGCAGUUAAGGUUGCAAAGGUCCCUUAAAAUCAAUACAUGUUUUUUCUUUGAGAUGCAGGCAGAGAUGUAACAGAUCCCAACUCUGCAAAAAACGGAAUAAUUUCAAUGAUUAACUUUAAAUGUGAUACACAAAACUGACCACAGUGUUAUGGCUCAUCCAGCUGCAAAUAGAGAAAAAAUGUUAAACAAACAGAAAAAACAAAAAACAGAGUAUUAAACUUAGGAAGAGACUAUAACAGUUUGUAAUGUAAUAGCAUGCAGCAUUUAGAGGUAUUGUUAUUUGUGGGUCAUCAGAUGCUUGGCGACUGAACAAGCUCAAUGACGCCAUCUUCUGAGAACAGGAUGAACUACAUUUUAUUACAGCCAAACAAAAUUCAAAGUGUACUUUAAGAACUUAAUCAUGUCUAUGGUUUAUAACUGCUGAGGCUCAUAAUAUCUAGUAAAUGUAUCACUCAUAUUUCAUCCAGGGUUUCCUCAUUUUAAAUCAGCAUAAACAGACAACAGAAGAUCCGUGAGCUCCACGGAAAAGAACCUCGGGACAUUUCCCGACUCAUGUUGUACAUAGCAAUCAAAGCAUGUCACCCCCCCUUUUGCUUUAAACAUAAUGGUCUUCGUGGUUAAUGAUUGAACAGGUUCAUUUCAGUACACACCGGUCAGACUAUUGUGAACUGAGUGGUGUAAAGCAAAUAAAGAUAAGGCUUUGACUCCA